UAACCUCAUUGGAAAUAUAUUUACUGAAAACAACGUUGACGCGUCCGACACUUAUCCCCCCCCCCCCACGUUAGUUUAUAAAUAAAUAACACAGCAUGUUUUUUUUUUUCCUUUCUAAAUUCAAACUAUAAUUACGAACAGGACUCAUGUUUUGCGAGAAAUCUGAAAUCAUUCAGUCAAGUUCAGUGAUGUAACUGUAUAGCCUUUUCGAAGCAUUUUUUUUUUUGUUGUUUUUUUUUUAAAUAAACCACAGCAGUGCUGCCUCCUGCAUUUUUCACACUAAAAGGAAGUGCCCAGGGUACUUUUACAUGAAUCAUGACAUGUCGGUGCCGGAGAGGUGGGAGAGCGCUCAGGUCAAUAUAAAGGCCCCGUGUUUCAGUCGCAGUCACUCACAGAUGCACACAGUGAAGUAAACAUGGAGAUUAUAGUUGUGGCUGUACUGUUAGUGACUGUGGGACAGUCGUUUACGAAACCUCUUCCCAGAGACAAGACGGAGAGGUGGCUAUUAGCAGAGCGAUAUCUCAGACGGUACUACGACAUGCAACCCGGUCUUCUGGGAACAUCCAAAUCUUCAGACGUGAUGACUGAGAAGAUCCGCGCCAUGCAGGCAUUCUUCAAGCUGGAGGUCACUGGGAAUCUGGACGACAACACGCUGCAGGUCAUGAAGAAGUCCAGAUGUGGUGUGCCAGAUGUAGCCGAGUACAAUCUCUUCCCCAAGAAGCUCAAAUGGCAAAACACACUUGUGACGUUCAGGAUAACAAACUACACUCCUGAUCUGAAGAAGGAGGAUGUGGAUAAAGCCAUUCAUAAUGCCCUGGUGGCCUGGGGUGCUGUGACUCCUCUGAAGUUCAAGAGGCUUCAUGAAGGAAUCGCAGACAUCAUGAUCAGCUUCGGGAGACUAGAACAUGGAGAUCACAACCCCUUCGACGGCCCUGAGGGUCUCCUCGCACAUGCUUACCCACCGGGAGAAGGCCUCGGCGGAGACACACACUUUGACGAGGAUGAAACAUGGACAAAAGACUCACAUGCGUAUAACCUGUUCUUAGUUGCGGCUCAUGAAUUCGGUCACGCUCUCGGUAUGGGUCAUUCUAAUGAUCCUGGCUCGCUGAUGUACCCGGUUUACUCGUACGCCCAUGGGUUCCCUCUGUCUGAAGAUGACAUCAAAGGCAUACAAGAACUCUACGGCCCCAACCCGGAUCACGAGAAAGUCAAACCCAAACCCGAGGCUCCGGACAAAUGCGACCCUGAGUUAAGCAUCGAUGCCGUGACAGAGCUCCGUGGAGAGAAGCUCAUUUUCAAAGACAGAUAUUUCUGGCGUGUGCACCCACAGUUCACUGAACCUGAACUCACGCUCAUUCAAUCCACAUGGCCUCAACUCCCCAAGAAAGUAAACGCAGCUUAUGAGAACCCGGAGAAAGAUAUCGUCAUCAUAUUCAGUGGUAUCAGAAUGUGGGCCCUUAACGGUUACACCCUGGUGCCGGGCUACCCAAAAUACAUCCACAGGCUGGGAUUCCCUAAAUCCGUCCGCAAAAUAGAUGCUGCGGUUCACAUUCGUGACACGGGCAAGACUCUGUUCUUCACUGACGAGGACUACUGGAGUUACAAUGAACAGACUGGCACCAUGGAUCCCGGAUACCCCAAGUCCAUAAUGGACGGCUUUCCUGGGAUGCAAGAGCGAGACGGGGACGAGGUGGACGAGGUGGACGCCGCCACCUACAAAAAUGGAUACUUGUACUUGUACCACGAGAACCUGCAGUACGAGUACAGCUACAACAAACGGAAAGUCGUCCGCAUCACGAGAACUAACGACCUGCUGAACUGCUGAGCUCUGACAACGCGCGUGUCUCGAAACAGUCCCUUUAUUACUUUCUUUUUAAAACAAAGUGUGACGGUUCGUUUUUUUUUUUUUAUUUAUGAAUUUGUAACGACUGAGCUGGUUCAGUUUUAAAAAAAAAAAAAGAAAAGAAGAAACAGUACUGAUUAUUUAUGCAUGUAUUUAUAGUUUGGUGGAAUUGUACCUAAGGGCGAUGUUCAUAAGGCUACAUGACUCCCUUUAUCACACGUGCCAGGUGUCAGAAAGACCUCUUUUCACUCGGCUCCGGUGCGUUAUGUCAAUUUGACAUCAUCACUGACAAAAGCGCUGUUUAUAACAAUUGAUAUAAGUCUACAGAGAUCUUAUUCCCGAUAAGCGGCUUAUUCCAACGGGCGUCAGGUGUCAUAAAGACCUCUUUUGUCAGUUUAGAUGUCGGUUAACUCGGGUGUUAUGUCAACUUGACAUCAUAAUUGACAAAAAAAAAAAAAAGUAUGACAAAAACCUAUACAGAUCUUACUCCAGAUAAAGGAUAUGCCAACAGACGUCAGUUGUCGUAAAGAAC